UGGCGUCAUCAGAAUGCGACAAGGGGGGGUUCAGCGAGCAGCAUGCCGAUGACGUCAGCGGGCUGGCAGCGUGGACAUCUCCAGAGAGCUUCAGUCUUUACAGGUAUAUAAGCCUGGGUAGACUGCAGUUCACAAUGGAUGCCUUGACCCUUGCUGCGAAAGACAAGUACAUACAGAGUUUAGGAAGCAAAGUAUGUGCCGUCCAGAGCCAGGAGGCACGAAAUCGAAAGUUUGUUCCUAAAAGAGAUGGAUUCGCAAAUGCAGCACAAACUAAGAAGAAGAAAAGAAAAAAGCAGCAGAAUAAGGAGAAAAAAAUGUUUCAGUCAGUGAAUGCGGAACAACCCAAAACUGCUCAAACUGAAACAAAACAGAACAAAACCCACCAAAGACCAAGAGUGGUCACCAAUAUGGACAUGACUUCAUUUUCAACAGUAAAUAUUCUACGUCAGAGACUGCAUGAAAAAAUUCAAGAAAGCCAAGGGCAGGGCAACCAAAAAGGUUUGUCGUCUGAAGAAGUGGAGAAGAAACGUCUGCGGAGAAAGCAGGAGAGGGAAAGGAAGAAACGGAAAAGGAAGGAAUUACAGAUGAAGAAAGAGGAGAAUAUUGUUCAGGAGAGCAAUGUGGUAACAACUGAGAAUGGAGAGAAGAAAGACAAAACUGAGAAAGUAGAAACUGAGAUAAUCUUCAACAAAGUGGAAGUGACUAGUGAAGCAAUUAAAGACAAGAAAGAGAAGAAGAAAGAGAAGAAAAGGAGCAUUAAAGGUGGCAUUACACCUUUGACUGGCAGAAACUACAAACAACUUUUGUCUAGGCUGGAGGCCCAUAAGAAUAAGAUUGAAGAAUUAAAAAGUAAAGAUGAAAAUAAAGCAAAGCAAGUAGAAACAAAAAUGAAGUGGACGAACAUUCUGUACAAAGCUGAAGGUCUGAAAAUUAAGGACAAUGAAGAAAUGUUAAAGGCUUCAUUGAAAAGAAAGGAAAAACUCAAAUCACAGCGACAGAAACGCUGGGAAAAGCGAACCGAGCAUGUUGUUGAGAAGAUGCAGCAACGCCAAGAUAGAAGGAAAACAAACUUAAAGAGAAAGAAAGAGGCUGCAAUAGAGCGAAGGAAAAACAAGGCAAGAAAGAAGGGGCGUAUACUUCCUGAAGAUUUGAAAAAAGUAAAUCUUUGAGUAGGAUAGCUAAAUUUUAAUGUGCACAGAAAUGUAAGAAGUGUAAUAUACUAAUCCCACAGCAUUUCAAAUCUCAAAUUUUUUAGUAGUGCUGUGUACACAGCAACUUUUGUUCCAUACUGUUUCACCUUGUAUGAAAGGAAGGACUCGAUGUUUUUUUUCUGAAGAACUUUACUUUUUAAUUAAGGUUAAUUUUUUGGGUAGCCAACAUCCUUGGGAUUGUCCUCCAAAAAAGAGUCAGUAUUUUAUGGGGAGUGCAGAACAGUUGAAAAUUAACAUGCUGCCUUGAAUGGGAAGUUCAUUUUCUUCCCCAGUUUAUCAUUGAACAAUAAAUUAAUUCUUGCUCACUGUAGUAAGCACAACUGAUAAUGAGAUUGUGGUUUUAUUUUUAAAAAGUGAAUCCUAAGUUGGCACAUUGUGAAAUUUCUCUGCAUUUAAAUGUAAUUUGUAACUUGUUCAAGAAGACAUGAAAAGCAAAAUAAAGUUUCUAAUGUAGUUAAUUGUUUUAUUUUAAUUUAGUAAGUUGCUACCUUAAACUGGUGCCAUAUUUUAAAGUCUUAAAAUGUUCAUAUUAUUUUUACUUUAUUGUCGCCAAACAAUUGAUACUAGGGCCAGAGAGAUGGCAUCUGCCGUUUAAUUUAGAAGAUGGAAUCUUUUGGGAGAGAAAAAGACAUUACCUCUCAGAAUUACUUCCAAAAGCAUUUACAUUUCAGAUCUUCCUGUGGAUCAGACCAGAGCAUGUAGAAAAAAAAUAACAUAUUCAGCUGAAUUUGUUGUCUAAUGUGUCUGUGAUAGGAAGUUAUUACCUGUGGAACAGCCAAAACACCGAAACAUUAACUGUUAACCACAGCCACCAGUUAUCUUGCCCACACUGCACCAGAAUAUGUGGAUCCCAGAUCGGCCUCUACAGCCACCCGAGGACACUAGACAACCCUUGUGGAGAACAUCAUACUUGGCUCAAGUGAUUGCAACUCUACACUUACAUCAAAUCCCAUGUCGAUAUUAUAAAGGCAUGUGGAGUAUUUUUCUGGCAUCCCCUAAUGAUGACUCAGUUUUUAAUGUAUUGACUUCUGUAUUUGGUUUCAUAUUGCUCCAAUUGUCUUAUUUUGUUACUAGUUUUGCUUCUAUAAUGGACAUGCGUUUAUGUCAGCUCAUAAGCUUAAAAACAGAAACAGAAAACCUACAGCACAAUACGGGCCCUUUGGCCCACAAAGCUGUGCCGAACAUGUCCUUACCUUAGAAAUUACCUAGCUUAUCCCCAAUAUUUUCACUCCUUAACAAAUUUAGCCAGCUUUCCAGAUACAAACUUAAUUUACAUAAGAGCGAACUCUUUCCAAUAAACGGAGAAGCACAAAUAUCAGAAUUUCAUAACCUCCGUUUUAAAGUAGUAAAUAAUCAAUUUACUUACCUUGGCCUUACAGUAACUAGGAAUUAUAAGCGUCUUUUUGGAGAAAAUUUCACAUCUUUUAAACCAUACAAAACAGAGUCUAGUACAGUGGUCACCCCUGUCUAUGUCUCUGAUAGGUUGAAUUAAUGUUAAAAUGUUAUCUUUCCUAAAUUUUUAUACUUAUUUCAUUCUUUACCAAUUUUUAUUUCUAAAGCUUUUUUUGACUGGUUAGAUUCUAUUAUUUCGUCCUAUCUAUGGAAGGGCAAAUGCUCCAGACUAAAUAAAGCUCACCUUCAAAAACCCAAAACGAUAGGUGGUAUAGCCUUGCCCAAUUUUCGUUUAUAUUACUGGGCAGCUAACAUACAUUGUCUUAUCUUUUGGUCUUACUUUUAUAGUCAGUCUAACUGCUCAAUAUGGAUGGCAAUGGAGUUGAACUCUUACACAAAUCUCUCCAUUCCCACACUUCUUGGAUCCGCACUUCCUUGCUCUCUGCCUAAGUCAAUUGUUAAUCCUGUCAUCAGACACACUCUGAGAAUAUGGGCUCAGUUCAGAAAAUUAUAAUGGUCUUCACGGUUUCUCUCUCUAGUCCUGUAAUCAUCUUUUUCAGCCUUCUAAGCAGGAUUUCACAUUUUAAGACUGGCACAGAAAGGGCAUUAGGUGCUUUGAAGAUCUUUUCAUAGACAAUCGCUUUGCAACUUCUGAAAAACUGUAAAGUUCAACCUUCCCAACACUCAUUUCUUCAGAUAUCUCUAAAUUAGACAUUUUAUCAACCCUUUAAUACCAAACUUUACUGAGGUACCCGGUAAGAAUGUUGUGGACUUGUUUCUUCGUAUGAACCCAUAGGGUAAAGGUUUAAUAUCCACUAUUGGAGAUAAGUUAGCAAUUUUGAGGCGAGCCCCCUUUGACAAAGUUAAAACUGCCUGGGAGCAUGAAUUAAAUUUUCCUUUGUCUGACGAGGUUUGGGAUUCAAUUAUCAAGUCAGUUAAUUCAACUUCUUUAUGUGCUUGCCACUGCCUUUUACAGUUCAAAGUUGUACACAGGGCUCGUAUGCCUAAAACUAAAUUAUCGCAGUUCUAUCCUGAUAUUAGUCCCUGUUGUGACAGUGUAAAAGGGGUGAGGCUUCCCUUAUUCAUAUGUACUGGGCUUGUCCUAGCUUGGAGAAAUGUCUUUUUAACUUAUCCCAUAUACUUAAUUGCUAUUUGGAACCUAACCCUCUGAUUGCUCUUUUUGGCACCUCGGGAGAAGUUGACAUGCAUCUGAGUCCGACUAAAGAUCGUACAUUGUCUUUUGCCCCUCUCUUGGCCAGACAUGCAGUCCUGCUUAGGUGGAGAGAUGUUGCCCCACCCACUCAUGCUCAAUGGCUUAGAGACAUUAUGUCCUGCUUAGACCUUGAAAAGAUUCAUUAUUCAUUUCUAAAUUUGGACAUAAAGUUCCAAAAGGUGUGGGGAAGUUUUCUUGAAUAUUUUUAUAAUUCCCGUUUAGAUUAAGGGUUUAUUCCUCCUUUUUUCUCUUUUGCAUUUAAAUCCCUUACUUCCAACUUCUUUCGGUUAAGACUUUAGGUUUUUUUUUGCUCAGGUAGUAGGCAAUAUACCUUUUUAUAAAUACAGCUCUGUGUUGAUAAAAGUUACGAUAUAUAGAAAAGUUGAUCAGAAGAUUGGCUUGAUGUUGAGUAGUAGGAGGGUGGGGUGGGUUGGUAACUAACUUUUUGACGAUUUUACUAUGGGUGCUUUUCCUUAACUGUUAUGAAUUGUACAUUUGAUAUGUUUGUUUUGCACUAUAAACCUUUUUUUAAAUUGUUUUUGCUGCAUUGUAGAAACUCAAACAAAUUAAUAAAAAAAAGUUA